UGCCAAGUUGCCACGCACCACUUUGAUUCCUCGCUGCAAUGGCCAAGCACAAUGGCCCGAAGAACCUGCCGCUGCGACGGACCAUGCUCAAGCACACGAUCGGCCACGUCCGGCGGGCCUCGUACGACCUUCCGGACGCGCGCGACCACGACCACGUCUACGGCUACCCCGUCAUCCGCGACCCGGAAGACGCCGGCCAGGUCAUGGGCAAGUGGGUCCAAGCGACGCCGUCGCCGGCCGUCGAAUCUUCGCGCAGCUUUGUGGAGACGAACCGAAGGGCUUUGGCCGUCGGCUGCAUCAACGCCAAGGACGCGCGCUUGUAUGCCAACGAGCACCCCGACAUUCGCGAGAGGGCGCCGGUGAAGAAGCAAGUGGGCUACACACCGACGAACGACGUCAUCUAUGGCAUCAAGACACAGGCCUCGGAGGACAUUGCAAUGCUCAUUCAAGCACGUCACACCAAUUUUACCUCGGACGACAACGACUACCCGGACCUCGCGGCCAUGAAGAUCAAGGGCAAACUACCCAUGCCCCGCGAAACCAAGGCGUCCGUGCUAAAAGCAAGCGGCUGCAACUCCUCAACGAGCAAGCCCCCGUGCCCGAGCCCUUCAAAAUGUCAAAAUUCAAGAAAAUCGGCAGCAUCAUCUCGACGCAGCCCGGGUACACGCACGACGAGACCAUCGACAACAACACCUACUAACAUACUAUCUCUCGACCGCAUUUAUAAGUGCCGUGUACAAUAAUGUCUUAUGCGAC